AUGGCGGUGAGAAGUACGGCAACAACCGUUCUGAUUACGGCUGGCAGGAUCUAUGAGGACCGCAAGCCCGUUCCUUCAGUGCGUAUUGACUGGUGUCUGUGUUGCCUUACCGCUGUGUACUCGCCUUCCCUAAUAAUGGAUUGUGCCAAAUGUGCUCGCGCUCUGCCGGCAGAUGGCAGAUCCCUGACGUGUGCAUCUUGCCGAAGGGGUUACCAUCUUGGUAAGUCCUGUUCCGGCGUCGCAGAUGGGACGUACGCGGGGAUGGGCGCUGUCAGGCGAGAAACUUGGAAGUGUUCCACUUGCCGUACCGGCACCACCCUCAGACCAUCCGAUCUUAGCGGUGACAUUUCAGUAGAUGAAUUCUCCCGUACCGACGGCAGCAGGGAGGAGAUUGCAGAUUAUGCACCCUUCACCAGUCAGCUGGCAUCAAUCAAUGCCACUCUUAACCAGCUCCUUUCAUUGAGGACAAGUGUGGAGACGCUGUUGCCUCUUCCAUCUAAGGUUGAUCAGUUGUUGGCCUUAAAACCAGCUGUCGAAGAGCUUCGCAACACGGUCCAAGGAUUACAAACGACCGUUGACUCUUUUACCUUGAAGUACGAUUCCGUGCUCGCUCUGGCUAUGACAAAUGAAGAGGCAGUUAAAGAAAUUCAAAAGGAGGUUAACACGGUUAAGGCAACAAUGAGAGAGCAGUCGGAGACCAUUGAGAGACUGAAAGACGAGCUUAAUGACAUGCAACAAUACAGCCGUCGUUCCAACAUGGAACUGCAUGGUUUUCCGCUCUCUCAUGGUGAGGAUCUAAUGAAGGUCAUAAGUGAUCUCGCUAAGCCCCUUAACCUUCCAACACCUCAGUCGUCAGAUAUCCUGGCAAUUCACCGUCUGACCAAAAAGCCGGACUCAGUUCCGGUUAUUUUGAUUCGCUUCGCCUCUUGGAAUGUCAAGAACGAGGUGGACUGGCAACAGGGAGGACAAGUCAAGACAGUCGACCUUACACGGAAGCAACACUCGUCGGAAGACUGCAACACGGAUGCUACGAUAGAUGUGAAAAAGAUGAAACUCUCCGGCGACAUGAGAUGUUUUAAAUGUAACAUGAAGGGGCACGGAGCGCAAGAUUGCAGGAGAAUCGCCUACAAUACUUUCUGUUGGAACUAUUCAGAGUGCGCGAGGACAUCGAAAAAAGAAGGAGCAAGCACGGGAUCACAGCCUUGGAGCUGCGACGACAACGGCGGCGGGAUCACGAGCUGGGAAGAAAGGAAAAGGAAGAUUGGAUGGAUCCCGAACCACGACGACAAUUCUGUACCCGACGUUGGACCAUUAAAUUAG